AUGUGUAUCUAUUCUACAAGAAUGAAAGAUAUACGUAUAGAUAUUUGUAAGCUCGGCGUUUUUCCACAUUCCUGCAUACUAGGAUAUAUGGUAAGACGAUCUGAUUUAGCUACCGCAUAUAACAACAUUAAAAUGAAAAGUUCAAAUUCAAACAUACGUGUAUUGACAGCUGGAAUCACUAUCGUGAUAAUAAGGCUAUUAAAGCGAAUCGUACCUAUUUAUAGGCUUACUUAUAAAGCUCACGUACCGGACAAUUAUGUUUUGAGAAAACUACACCAGUUACCACCCAAAAGAUCAUGCCCCAAUAUUUACGCCAAAAACAUCAGGGGUCGUGGGUGCAUUGCAUGCACAAAUAAUGGCAAACCCAAGUUAUUACGUGUUGUUACCAAAUUAUACGAGUAA